GGCCGGCCCGGGGGGCGGGGCCGAUGGCCUUUCCCCACCCCCGUCUCCUGGCCCUGCCGCCAGCUUUCCGCGGAACCGCCAGCCCUGCGCAUCUCGCUGGCCCCAUCGCCGCACCAUGAAGGCUCUCCUGCUCGCUGUGCUGGCUGCGGUGCUGUGCGUGGAAAGAGCCCACGCACUCAUCUGUUUUUCCUGCUCGGAUGCAUCUUCCAACUGGGCCUGUCUGAAGCCUGUCAAGUGUGGAGAGAAUGAAAACCACUGCGUGACGACGUAUGUCGGAAUGGGAUUUGGUGGCAAGUCUGGCCAGUCCAUCUCCAAAGGAUGUUCUCCCAUUUGCCCCAGCGCCGGGAUUAACCUCGGCAUCGCGGCCGCCUCCGUUUACUGCUGCGACUCCUUCCUCUGCAACAUCAGUGGUUCCAGCAGUGUGAAAGCCAGUUACACAGUCCUGGCCUUGGGAAUUCUGGUUAGCUUCAUCUAUAUCCUCAGGGCUCGGGAAUGAUGGGGCUGAGCAAGGAAGAUUUGUCUUCCAUGAGCUGUCACAGGUCUCGUUAGCCAAUAUCUUCUCUCUCGCUGUCUGCAAGGAGAUCCUCUACUUCUCAGCAGGCUUCCAAGGUGGUUGUUAUCCAGACUUUAUGCUCUUCCAGCACUGGAGACCUGGGAGGUUUGGCCAAGCUGUUCUCCUCUUUCUGUGGACAUACCCCCACUCACACCUCCUUGGCAAAGGUGGAUCAUUUUGGAAGGGUUUCUGCUUUUAUACCUAAUACUUACCCAUUUCCCCCUCCCCCAGUCCCUUCGUUUCUAAGGUUGGUUAAAGCAAAGCUGGGACUCAUCAAGAUUAACCCCAGAAAUCACCUGGUCAAGUGUUCAGACAUUCCUGCCUCUCACCUCCAUGGAGGUGCUUGGUACCAGCAUGCACCCAGCACAUGGGUGGUCCAGGCAUGGGGAAUGCAUGACCUGAAGGGAGACAAAUUCCUGCCCCCUGCAGCUCCAGUCUUUUUUUUUUUUUUUUUUUUUAUAUAUAUAUAUAUAUAUAAAAUCGUUUCCCUUUCUUCUGAUCCUGGGCUGAUUUUUUUUCUGGAAAACAAAUGACAUGUACCUUGUCCUUCCGAGCUCUGUAAGUGCCAGACCUGAAUAAACAUGCUCCUGUUGUUACCUGAGAUGGGACGUGUGCUGUGUGUGUUUCCUUGCUCCAGAGAGAGGGAUUAGAAAAAAAAUCUUAGAAGAAAUCCAAAUAUGAUGCCCAGCACAAGGGCCUCUUACCCUCUCAAGCAGCUUUUGAGUGCUUCCUCUCAGAAUUCCUUCCAGUUCAGCUCUUGAGCAGCAAGGUCAUCUUCUCCUUGUCCCUCUGUGAUGAAUGCCCUUGGGCCAGCUGGUUUCACCUCUCUUUGGAAUUGCAUUUUCUGGGUGUAUUUUAGUGAAAAAACACCACUUAUUGGGACCUGAGUCAACACCAUGAUUCCUAUUGGAGCAAGUGGACUUGGGAUGAAGAUAUCCAAAAAUCAGCCUGCAUGUUGCAAAGACUUGGUGCCUCAGUUUCCCCACUUUGGACUUGGUGAUAGACAAUAACAUCAGCAUCCAAAUGAUGGAGAGCAAGGGGGCACUUUGCAGAACUUUGUGAAGUUGAAGGCCGAAGAUUCUUUGAUUCAACCUUCAGACCUUGGCUGAUGGUGCACGUGGACUUCUGAAGGUGACUUCACCACCAAACCUGCCACUCAGAUUCCCAGGAUCUUUCCAGGUCUUCUGGCACCAUUUUUCCUGGAAGUUCUCCAGCCAUCCCAUGGGAGUUUUGUUCUUCUGCCACGGGCUCCUUUCCUACUUCUGGACCUCCUGGACACAAACCAAGCCAAAACUGAGUGGUCAAAUCUCCAGCAAAAGUUUGUUUUCACUUCCACUGGUUGACCAGAGUUGCACUGCCUGUUUUUUUUCUCUUCUAGCAGCAAACCCAGGUGUAGCAUUGGCACUCUUUAGCCCUCCUUGUACAUGGUUCUCCUAUUUUGGGUCAAAACCCAAACAAAAGCCACUCCAGCUGCACAAACUUUCCAAUGAUACCUCCACCUGCACUUAAAGUAGUGAUCAACAGCUUCCUUUAAAAGAUGGUGUGCAGAUGUCUGGAAAUAUUAGCAACAAAGUUGUCUGCAUGGUUUUUUCCUUUUCCUUCUCCCCAUCUCUUAAUUAAAAUGGCACUGAUGCUAAUGACAGCCUAGACAGCAGGAGGACACUGAUCAUGGGGAUGGGAGCUGUGAUUAGAUGAUGAGGUUGGGAAGAAUGUCCCAGCUUUUCCUCCCUUGUCUCCUUGGGCUUGAGAUGUGCCUUCCUUUGGUUAAUACAUCCUCCCUCACCUGCUGGCACCUCUGGUAGGACCACAGGGCUUGAGGAGAGCCACAAACCUCUGCUAUGCAUGUUCAGCACAGGGAAAACUGGGGAAAAAAAGUUUGCUAGGAAUGUUCUUGAGUUUUCCUGUGCCUGAACCUUCCUUUAAAGAUCAACAACUUGAAUUUAUUCCUGGACACUUGUUUGGAGGAGAUGCUGUAGGCCCUGUGGGAGGGAUGGAGAUGCCCUGGGGUGAAACCACGGCAGCACCCAGAAUGUUAUCUUGAAAGUCAUCAGGAUGUAACUUUUUUUUUUAGCCACCAGGCACUUGGGUAACUUGAUUUUGGGCUCAGUUCCCCUCCCAGAGCUUCUGCUAUGAGCAAAGAGCUAAACUUGAAAGCCAUGAAUUGUGUCCUAAUGCUUGUUCAUGCCUUUAAUAGGCUCUUGAGGAUGUCAGCCUGGACAAUCCCAGGGGUUAAAGCUAAAUAAAUAGGGUUAUGAGGACUUGUUGCUUCCUCCAAUGGCCGUCUCCUUCCUAUCUGAUGAAAAACAGCCUGAAAAAGUUGGGGUUUUUCAGCCUGGAGAAAAGAAGGCUCUGGAGAGACCUUAGAGCAACUUCCAGUGGCUGAAGGGAUCCAGGAAAGAUGUGGAGGGACUUGGGACAAGGGCUUGGAGGGAUGGGAGUUCCAAACUAAAAGAAGGGAGAUUGAGAUUGGAUAUUAAGAUAAAAUUCUUUCCUGUGAGGGUGGGAAGACCCUGGCCCAGGUUUCUCAGAGAAGUUGUAGCUGCUCCAUCCCUGGAAGUGUUCAAGUCCAGGUUGGAUGGAGCUUGGAGCAACCUGGGAUAGUGGGAAGUGUCCCUGCCCAUGGCAGGGGAGUUGGAACCAGACAAUUUUUCAGGUUCUUUCCAAACCAUUCUAUGAUUCUAUUCCUGCAUUUCAGGGUUUGCUCAUGCCAAGGACUCAUUUCUGCAAAUGUGCAGAGGGUGUCAGGAAGAGCAUUCACCAAGCUACUACAAAUAACAAGUUAUAUUCAUGGUAUUGCCAGGGGACAGAGCUGAAAAUCACUUGACACGUCUUCUUCAGCCUAUAGAUGAUGAAUAGGUUGCAUAUGGAGGUGGUUUUUUCCCCUUUUCACUCUUUUUUGUCUUUCCUCCUCAUGUAUUAUAUUCCUGCAUGUUCAGUAUAUGGAAGAAAAGAUACUUGCAGUUUCCUUUUGAAGCCAUGGCAAAUAUUUUGUUGAUAGAAAUAUCUAUAUUUGAGAGAGCUGGGGGGGAGUGUGGAUCAGCUGGAAGGCAGGAGGGCUCUGCAGAGGGACCUGGACAGACUGGAGAGUUGGGAUGAUUCCAAUGGGAUGAGGUUCAACAAGGCCAAGUGCCGGGUCCUGCACUUUGGCCACAACAACCCCAUGGGGAGCUCCAGGCUGGGCACAGAGUGGCAGAAAGGGACCUGGGAGUCUGGAUUGCCAGGAAGCUGAACAUGAGCCAGCAGUGUGCCCAGGUGGCCAAGAAGGCCAAUGGCAUCCUGGCUUGGAUCAGGAACAGCGUGGCCAGCAGGUCCAGGGAAGGGAUUCUGCCCCUGUGCUCAGCCCUGGUGAGGCCACAGCUUGAGUCCUGUGUCCAGUUCUGGGCCCCUCAGCUCAGGAAGGAGAUUGAGGUGCUGGAGCAGGUCCAGAGAAGAGCAAGGAGGCUGUGAAGGGAUCCAGCAGAAUUCCUGUGAGGAAGGGCUGAGGGAGCUGGGGGUGUUGAGGCUGGAGAAGAGGAGGCUCAGGGGAGACCUCAUCACUCUCUCCAACUCCCUGAAAGGAGGUUGGAGCCAGGGGGGGGUUGGGCUCUUUUCCCAGGCAACUCUCAGCAAGACAAGAGGGCAGGGUCUCAAGUUGUGCCAGGGGAGGUUUAGGUUGGAUAUUAGGAAGAAUUUCUUUCUGGAGAGGGUGAUCAGACAUUGGAAUGGGCUGCCCAGGGAAGUAGUGGAUUCUCUGUGUCUGGAGAUAUUUCAAAAGAGCCUGGAUGUGGCACUCAGUGCCAUGGUCUAGCAACCGCAAUGGUGGUUCAAGGGUUGGACUCAAUGAUCUCUGAGGUCCCUUCCAAGCCAGCCAAUUCUAUGAUUCUAUGAGAGAGGGAGGGUAUGACAGCUUGUCAAAUGCAAGAGAACUUCUUCAACAAUUUAAUCCCAAGCAUCACAUCUUCAGUUCUGCCAAGUCUCAAAAUUUCUGCUCCUACUCUAUGUUGCUUGGUGGGUUCUUUGUUUUCAGCACUAGAAAUCAUGUUAGAAACUCAGAUUUUGUAAAGCCCAGGAGUGAAAAGCCUGAAAAUGUGUAGCUGUAGUAAUUAAAAGCAUUAAUAAGGGAAAGAAUAAUACAAAAAAACAAAAAAACAACCAUAAAAUAGCAAGGACACAGCAUGUAUAGAGCAUUAAAACUGUUGGCUUGUUAAACCAAACACCUGAUUUAUAAUUUGGGGGCCAUGGUGGGACAGCCUUUAAGUGCUUGGAGUGCAUUUCCUUGGACUGUGGCAUUAGAGGUGAAAAUCUCAGCAGAAAACUCAGAUCUUCACCUUUUUUGAGGAAAGAAGAAAUUCUGAUUGCAGGCAGUUUUGCUCUGUACAAAGCAUCAAAUAGUCCAGAACAGGUUUCUUUUGGGAAAGAAGAGUUUAAGUCAAAUACCUGCCCAUUUUUUGGUGCAUAUUAAUGGGAAAAUGGUUUCUGUGCUUCCAUCUGGAAAAAUGGUUGUAUUCCAAUGGCAGCUGCUGCUCUUUCCCCCAUGCCAACAUCACAAGGGCUCUCAUUUUUCUAUAUUCUCUGCUUCACCAGGCCUUUCCACCCAGGUUCUCUGGGUUUGCUGUUUGCCAUU